AUGGCUUCUCGCACCUCUGAAGAUAGAGCUUUGGCCAUCUUGAAAUAUCAGUUCUCUACCUUCGCCAUUCCACCCAGCCUCUACAAUAGCUCCUUCUCCAUGGCUGAUGAUCCUCGCCUCUGGUCUGACCUUUUGGGGAACAAUGGAAUCUUGGGUCAGAGCAUGCAAGACAACUUUGCCAAUCAAGAAAAUGGAGCCGCCAACCUCCUCGUCGCUAUCAUGUGGUCUAGUGCCUUGGAGGACGAAAACAAGUUUUUCUGGCGCGAGGUCCGACAAAUGGCUUGUAUGAUGCUCUUUAGGAUGGAGGGUGCUCCGGCGCAGUAUCUGGUCUGGGUUCAAGGUGUGAAUCGCUCAGACUCCCGUCUUCAAACCGCCGGUAUCACUUUGAGCUAUGGAGCUGCCUUCUUCACCAUCAGCAGAGAGGAGAAGGUUGUUUGGCUCCCGUAUGCCGAUGGAAUUGCCUCAAGUCGUCGGGUCAUCGGCGAGUUGCCACCAUUCCAACUUCGGUUUAUUUGA